UUAAGAUGAAGAAGUUUAAUUUCCGAAAAGUUUUGGAUGGUUUAACUGCCUCUUCCCCGGGCAGUGGUAGCAGCAGUGGCAGUAACAGUGGCAGUGGGGCUGGAAGUGGUUCGGUGCAUCCAGGAGGGACUGCAGGGAUUCUCAGAGAGGAGAUCCAGGAAACUCUGACUUCAGAUUAUUUCCAGAUCUGCAAGACAGUUCGGCAUGGUUUUCCUUAUCAGCCUACAGCAUUAGCCUUUGAUCCAGUUCAGAAAAUCUUGGCUAUUGGAACAAGAACAGGUGCUAUACGAAUACUUGGGAGACCUGGUGUUGAUUGUUACUGCCAACAUGAAAGUGGUGCAGCUGUCCUACAACUCCAAUUCUUGAUCAAUGAGGGUGCUUUGGUGAGUGCAAGUUCGGAUGAUACACUUCAUUUGUGGAACCUUAGACAAAAAAGGCCAGCUAUUCUUCAUUCUCUUAAAUUUAACCGAGAACGAAUUACUUACUGUCAUCUACCUUUCCAGAGUAAAUGGCUCUAUGUUGGGACAGAAAGAGGAAAUACACAUAUUGUAAAUAUUGAAUCUUUCAUUCUUUCUGGAUAUGUUAUCAUGUGGAACAAGGCAAUUGAACUAUCCACCAAGACGCAUCCAGGUCCAGUUGUACAUUUAAGUGAUAGCCCAAGAGAUGAAGGGAAACUGCUAAUAGGUUAUGAAAACGGUACUGUGGUAUUCUGGGACUUGAAAUCUAAAAGAGCAGAGCUGAGACUUUAUUACGAUGAGGCUAUUCAUUCAAUUGAUUGGCAUCAUGAGGGCAAACAGUUCAUGUGCAGCCAUUCAGAUGGUAGCCUGACUUUAUGGAACCUGAAAAGCCCAAAUCGCCCUUUCCAGACCACAAUUCCACAUGGAAAAAGUCAAAGGGAGGGAAGAAAAUCUGAAUCCUGUAAACCAAUUCUUAAAGUAGAAUACAAGACCUGCAGAAACAGUGAACCAUUCAUAAUAUUCUCUGGUGGGCUGUCCUAUGACAAAGCUUGCAGAAGACCAAGUUUAACCAUUAUGCAUGGAAAAGCAAUUACAGUACUUGAAAUGGAUCAUCCUAUUGUUGAAUUUCUAACUUUAUGUGAAACGCCCUAUCCAAAUGAAUUCCAAGAACCCUAUGCCGUCGUAGUACUUCUGGAGAAAGAUCUCAUUGUAGUUGAUCUGACACAAAGCAACUUUCCAAUCUUUGAAAAUCCAUACCCUAUGGACAUUCAUGAAUCACCAGUUACUUGUACAGCAUACUUUGCUGAUUGCCCUCCGGAUUUGAUUCUAGUACUCUAUUCUAUAGGAGUCAAGCAUAAAAAGCAAGGAUACAGUAAUAAGGAGUGGCCAAUCAGUGGAGGAGCCUGGAAUCUUGGAGCGCAAACGUAUCCAGAAAUUAUUAUUACUGGUCAUGCAGAUGGAUCAAUAAAAUUUUGGGAUGCUUCUGCAAUAACUUUGCAGAUGCUAUACAAGCUAAAAACUUCAAAAGUAUUUGAAAAACAGAAGAUAGGAGAAGGAAAACAAACAUGUGAAAUUGUAGAGGAAGAUCCAUUUGCGGUUCAGAUGAUUUACUGGUGUCCAGAGAGCAGAAUACUCUGUGUCUCGGGAGUCUCUGCAUAUGUCAUAAUUUAUAAGUUCAGCAGACAUGAAAUUACAACAGAAAUAGUGUCAUUAGAGGUACGACUUCAGUAUGAUGUUGAAGAUAUUAUUACCCCUGAACCAGAAACGAGUCCUCCGUUUCCAGAUCUCUCAUCCCAGCUUCCUUCAAGAAGUCUUUCCGGGAGCACUAACACUGUGGCUAGUGAAGGAGUAACUAAGGACAGUAUACCAUGCCUCAAUGUUAAGACACGACCAGUGCGGAUGCCUCCAGGAUAUCAAGCAGAGCUUGUUAUUCAGUUGGUUUGGGUAGAUGGAGAACCUCCCCAACAGAUUACUAGUCUUGCUGUAAGCUCAGCAUAUGGAAUAGUUGCAUUUGGGAACUGCAAUGGGUUGGCUGUGGUGGAUUUUAUACAGAAGACAGUACUGUUAAGCAUGGGGACCAUUGACCUAUAUAGAUCAAGUGACCUAUACCAGCGACAACCACGGUCUCCUCGAAAAAACAAGCAGUUCAUUGCAGACAACUUUUGCAUGCGUGGCCUGUCUAACUUUUAUCCUGAUUUAACGAAACGGAUCCGUACUUCUUAUCAGAGUUUAACAGAGCUAAAUGACAGUCCAGUUCCCCUGGAACUUGAGCGCUGCAAGUCUCCUACUACAGACCAUGUAAAUGGACACUGCACAAGUCCAACUUCUCAGAGUUGCACUUCUGGAAAACGUCUUUCUAGUGCUGAUGUUUCAAAAGUAAAUCGCUGGGGUCCUGGAAGACCACCAUUUCGAAAGGCACAGUCAGCUGCUUGCAUGGAGAUUUCUUUACCAGUUACAGCAGAAGAAAAUCGAGAAAAUUCCUAUAAUCGUUCUAGAAGCUCUAGCAUCUCCAGUAUUGACAAAGAUUCUAAAGAAGCAAUUACAGCACUAUACUUCAUGGAAUCAUUUGCACGGAAAAAUGACUCUUCCAUCUCUCCUUGUUUGUUUGUUGGAACCAGUCUGGGCAUGGUGUUAAUCAUUUCCCUAAACCUACCAUCAACAGAUGAACAAAGGUUUACAGAGCCAGUAGUGGUGUUGCCAAGUGGUACAUUCCUCUCAUUGAAAGGAGCUGUGCUAACAUUCUCCUGUAUGGACCGAACUGGCGGGGUAAUGCAACCGCCGUAUGAAGUUUGGAGGGAUCCAAACAACAUAGAUGAAAAUGAAAAGUCUUGGAAAAGGAAACUGGUUAUGAACUCCUCUUCUGCAUCUCAAGAAAUAGGGGAUCAUCAGUACACAAUAAUCUGCUCAGAAAAACAAGCCAAAGUCUUCUCACUGCCUUCUCAGACUUGCCUUUAUGUUCAUAACAUCACCGAGACAUCAUUUAUACUGCAAGCAGAUGUGGUGGUCAUGUGUAACAGUGCCUGUUUGGCAUGCUUUUGUGCUAAUGGGCAUAUCAUGAUAAUGAGCCUACCUAGUCUUCGCCCGAUGUUGGAUGUUAAUUAUUUGCCACUGACAGAUAUGAGGAUAGCAAGGACAUUUUGCUUUACCAAUGAAGGACAAGCAUUAUACCUUGUAUCACCCACUGAAAUUCAGCGGUUAACAUACAGCCAAGAAAUGUGUGAUAAUCUACAGGACAUGCUAGGAGAUUUGUUUACUCCCAUAGAGACACCAGAAGCUCAAAAUAGAGGCUUUCUGAAGGGACUGUUUGGUGGGAGUGGACAGACAUUUGACAGAGAAGAGCUGUUUGGGGAAGCUUCUGCAGGAAAAGCAUCCCGCAGCCUUGCUCAGCACAUCCCAGGACCAGGUGGAAUAGAAGGAAUGAAAGGUGCUGCUGGAGGGGUCAUGGGAGAGCUGACCCGAGCACGGAUUGCACUUGACGAGAGAGGACAGAGGCUAGGAGAGCUGGAGGAGAAAACUGCAGGCAUGAUGACCAGUGCAGAAGCAUUUUCCAAACAUGCACAUGAGUUAAUGCUGAAAUAUAAGGAUAAGAAAUGGUACCAGUUCUAAACUUCUAAAGAAGAUUUGACUGCUUUGAGAAACCAUUAUUCAGGGAAACCAAAUUUAUUCCCAGCAUCAUUAUUCAACUGCUAGAAGCCAGUUUCUUCUACACAAUGUUCCAUUAUGGUCCAUCUGAAGUUAUCAUCAAGGAGACUUAUCAGAGACACUGUACAACCCAAAGGCUGGAACCCUGGUUAAAAAUCCCAAGAUAUGGCUGAAUAUGCCCUUUCCCAUGUGGAAUGGAGCUAUCAUCUUGGCAUGUCAUUUGCUAAGGAUUUACAUUUAGGGACUAUGGGGAGUCCUUUUGAUUUGAAAAUUCCUGUACAAACAAAAGCAUUAAUGCACUUAAUGAAAAAAAUCUUUGCAUGAUAAAUUAACAUCUUAAGAGGAAAAGAAAACAAAAAGCAUGUGACAGAAGAAAAAGAUUUAUGGUAAACUAUUUUUAUAAAUUGGGCCACACCUGACAAUUUAAAAAAUCUGCAUUAGAAGAUAUCAGUGCAUUUCCAGUAUAUUUGCCAUAUCCAACUGAAAGAGAAAACAAAACACAACAAAACAAAAACCCAGCGUUUUCUUUUCAUCUGUAACUGUCAUUAUACUAGGACAUUCUGAAUUCUUAAGGCAACAGUCUGAUUAAUGUUCUUCUUUCUCCAUAAUAUUUUACAUCAUUCAUGGUUCUCAGUCACAAACAAGUAUUGCCCAUAUAGUAAAUUAUUCUCAGCACAAUUAUUUCCAUUUCUGUCACCUUCAGAAUAGGUUGCUACUUUUAGUCACAAACCAUGCAGGGUUGGGUCACCUCAAAGCAUUUUUUCAGCCUGGCUUGUACAUUAUGUGUGACAAUAUGUGUGGGGAAACUCAACUAUAGGAACAAUGCAGUUAGCUUUGAGAACUGAUUUCACAAAAGGUGAAAUUUCACACAUCCCAAUUUCAGUUUCUAAAGUGAUAUAUUUUUAAAAUUCCAUUUGUACCGUUGUCUGCCAAUUACACAGUAUAUUACUGUUCAACCCAGUGGGGUCUACAAUCCAAAGGUGCUCUUGCAGCCUGACAUUCACAGACCAAACUGGUCAUUCACUUAGUAUGAUUCAGUAAAACCUCAGUUAAUGUUUUGGGAAAGGGAUUUUGAUUUCUUACAUUUCUGAUUAAUAAGGGCUUUCAUUAGAAAAAAAGCUUUUUGGUUCAAUACUUAUUGUUGGAACUCUUUAUAAAAUGUAGUGGUGUUUUUGCUAUUUUGGCCUCAGUCAUCAUUAUGGACAACAGAAAUACAGAGAGUUUAAUGAUACAAAAUCAAUUUUUCACUAAUUAGGUCAAAUAAUAUUAGCCACAGGAUUAUGCCAACAGGAUUCCUUACUAAAACUUUUAAAAUGGAAUAAAGAGUAUCUUUAACAUGAUAAAAAGUAUCUACCAUAGCUCAACAGAGAAGAACUAAUGGCAAGACAAAAUAAAAAUACUACUAUCACUAUUUAACAUGAUCCUGGAAGUCAAAAACCAUAGGAAUGUGCAUAUGCAGAUUUCAAGACCCAUCCUGUAAUGUUAAUUCUUCAAAAAUAAUUUAUUUUUUAAAUUAUGGGUUUGGCUUAAUAAAUUUUAAUUCAUCAAGUCUUAUUGGAUUUACAUUUGUGUUUAAGAAUUCACCAUUUUCCUGGAGUCCAGGUCAUGUUAGUAGCCAAAAACAGUAUUUAUGUUUGAGUUUUUAAAUUAUUUGUUUGAAGCAGAGCUUCCUUUACAAUGGUCUCAGUAAUUCAGAGCAGAGAAAAGAUGACUGGCAAGGUCAGAAAAUGCUAGGAUAGCAUUUUUCUUGAGACUCCGAAUUCUCCUGAUUUCUAUAGAAAGACUCUCCAUUAGUCUCCCAGGUGCCCAUAAACAGAACCUGACUUGGAAGUACAUACAGGACACAUGAAAUUAUGCACUAAAGAUAUUAAAGAAACUUGAGACCAGGAGCUAGAAAAAAAAUUGGCAGCUGAAUUGCAAUGCACUAGUUGUACCAUCAGUUCCAAAUAGUUUUCUGAACAAAUAGUUUAUCAUUUCUAUAUCUACAAGAAGAAGAAGAAAAGAAAGGGAAAAAGAAAAGAGAAAAGAAAAGGAAAGGAAAGAAAAAAGAAAAGGAGAUAAUUAGUUUUAGGAAUGAGAUUCAGUCCAAAGUAACAGUAAAGUCAAUGAAUAUCUAGUAUCUCUGAAGCCCCUGUAAAAUAUGAUUUAACUUGUUCAUCAGGGUUCUCAACGGCCAGUCUACAAAAAGAAAAUUAUUUGUUGUGGAGGACUGUCCUGUGUAUUGUAGGGUGUUAGAGACAUCCCUGACCCUGUCUACCAAAUUGCAGGAGGAAUCCCCCAGUGAUGACAAUCAGAAAUGCCAUCGACCAUUGCCAAAAUACUCACAGCUGAGAAUCACUAUUCUAUAUAAUUUAAAGAGACUAGUGUGAAUAUGUAAUAUAUGUCUUAGAUACAUCAUAAGUGCACAGUGUCUUAGUAAGAUGCAUUAUUAUACCCCAAAUUACAUGUGUGGUUCAUAUGCAAUAAAAUACAAUUUUGGAGAAAGCUUAUAGGAAUCAGUGAAAAAUAACAAUCUCAGAAUACUUUAAAGCACACAUAGAAAAAUAUCAAAAAGAACAUUAUAGCAUUUCAUAGAAGUGAUUAAAACUCUGGCUUCAAAGAAUAGAUCAAAAGUUCAUAAUUAGCACAUCAAUUGGAAGUAAACAAGUGUUUUGGAAAUGCUUGAAAAGAAUAGGUUCUUUUAAGUUACUUAAAUAUGUCUUUGAAAAUUGUUUUAUAGGCCUUUUCUCUAAGGGUAACUUUAUCCCACAAACUCCUGAUUAGUGGAAUCCAAAUUAAUGAGGUUUUACUGUAUCAAAAAUUAUUUUUAUAAUUCAAGGAGCUAGCAAUAACAAGAAUCUAAUGUGGAUGUGAUUUUCUCUUUGAACAUUUCUGUUCUGUUGCACUGACCUUAGCAUUCACACAGACACAGACAGACACACACACACCACCCAUCACCACCACCACCACCACCACCCCAUAAUCAUCAUCAUCGUCUUCAGAAAAUUAGUACUGUUGAUCCAUACAGCUCUUUGCAUUUUCUCAUCUUACUACCUUCCCUCUAUCUUGGAACAUAGGAAAAAUACUAGUAACUUGGACAACUAUAGAGAAAAUGAAUUAUCUACUAAGGUGGCAUCAGAAGAAAAGAUUUGCAAACUAGUCCUAACAUGUUGACCUUAUCUCCCUGUCUCAUUCAAGAGAGAAGCCCUUUAUAGUAUUCCAGCAGAAAAUGGCCCUUUCUACUCUUCAUCAAAUAAGAAGCUAAAAAGUAUGUUUCCCUGGUUCUAAUAAUAAAAUGAGCAAUAAUCCCUUCCGUGAAAUCUUCCUUUAGUCUUGUUUAGAGUAGAUUUUCAUUUAAUUCCCUACAAAAGCAGUACUACUAUGUUCUCUACACUUUGUUGAGCCCCAGACUUAGAAACCAGUCACCAUCAGGUCAUUAUCGAACUGCAAUUUUGGAAGAACAGUGACAAAACUGAGGGAGACAUUUUCCAGUAACUUCCAGUAGUAAAGACAAUUUUCCUAACAUUUUAGAAAUGAUUCUCAAGUUAAUAAUAAUCCAGAUCUCUCUCUCUCUCUCUCUCAAAAUUUUUAAGGGAUCUUAAAGGAAAAAGUUUACUGUUGGAGUCCCUUUUUUAUCUAGUUUUAAAGGUACCAUCUAUUCAUUAUUUACAUUAAGGCAUUAUCAUAGCUUUGAGAGAAAAAAAAUGGAUAAGAUUAGGCCUAAGUUUAGUUAAAGACGACUAAGAUAUAUGCCUAUAGAAUGUUCAAACAGAAUGGAAAAAUGAAGACUAAAAAACAUAAACUAAAAAAUCCUUUCCUUGGCGUAGGAUCAUUGGGACAACCCAGGAGUAUAUCUGUGAUUACGGCCUGCCCUUGUAGGAAAAAAAUAAUGUUGUAACUCAACCACACUGGUGGCCUGGUACCCUCAGAGAGGGCAGUGCCAAAAGUCAGGGUAUUCAUGUCAGGUCUUGCUCUUCAGUCAGGGAAAUGCGGUAGCUUUGACAACUUCUUCACCUCUGUCCUCCGCAGACCAGCUCCAGAUUGGGCUGGGUGCUAGUUCACAUGCAUACUGUCCCUGGGGCCUGGAAGACUUGUUAGGACUUGGUAAGCUUUAUUUCUACUUUCUACCCUGCACCAUUCCAGGGAGCGGUUGUCAGAAAACCAAGUUUAGUGUUUGUAUUUGCAUACAGUGUAGACCCAAAUGAAUGAAAUGCAGAGUAGAUAAGGCAUGCCUUGGAAAAAGACUAGGAAGUGCCAAUUUGGUGCAAGAGGGCUGGGGAAAGGAGGGACAUGGGAGCCAGAGUGAAGUGAAGAGGUUUUGAUGAGGAAGCAGAAGCACAGAUGCCUUUUUUACAUUCACAUCUAGAGAAGCCAUUCUCAACUUUGACUAUGCAUAAAAAUCACCUGAGGGAUUUAAAAAAUUCGUAAUUAUUUUGGAAUCCCUCAGAGUGGGAGCCAGACAUCCAUAGUUUUGAAAGCCCCCAAGGUGGUUCUGAUGUGCAGCCAAAGUUGAUAAGUACCCAUUGGUUUAUGGUCAACUAAGGAAGCCAUUUGUCUGCCUUGGCUGGUAUCCCAGCCCCACUUCUGAGGGGUCAGCAAGGCUAAGACGCAGAGUUGAAUUGGUAUUUAUUUAAUGUAUCUUACAAAACAAAAAUAUGCAAAUUUAUGAGUAGGUAGUGUCCUAUGAACUCUUAAUAACUCUGCCUUUGUGAUCUUCUAUUUGACCUGCUUAUUAAUUAUUAUAAUUCAGACUUCUAGGUUUUUGGUACUUAGCCAUGUGACAUCAAAAGUUACAAAAAUAUCAUAGUAAAUUCAAUAGCACAUAAAGCUAAGUGGAAAAUUAAAUCUCAAUAUUUGAACAAUGAAAAUUCUCAAAAAUAAUCAUUUACUACCAGGUCCAAAAUGAAUAUUCAUUCUUCUUUUGGAGGAGACAUGGGUACCAGGUACCUGUUCUGCUCUAGGUUCAAUUUAUUGAACUUGAUCUCAGCAAAAAGGGAGAACAACUCUUCUUUUUUUAUUUUUGUCUCAAUCAAAAUCUUCCAGGGCCACUUGGAUUUAUUUUCUUCAUUAUUGGACAGAUGUAUUAAAGGGGGGAAAUGCCUCUGAUAUAUGUCUUACCUCCAGCACCCUGAAAGAGUACUUGUACCUUCAAAAAGGGAGUCCGGCCUACAAAGGCAGGAUGGCGCAGAGGGAAAUCAGUCAUCUCCUCUUACACUGCUUCCCCUCUGGUUUCGGCCCACCCUCCUCAACUGUUAAGCCAGAAAAUAAACUAGGUGGUGGUUUUGGAUAAUUGUACACAGGAUAAAAAUCUCUAAUAACCUAUAAUUUUUAGUACUUAAUUAUGUGAUGUUUUAUUCUAGGAAAUAAGAAACAGAUGACAUCAUUGAUGUAUCUUUCUUUCAUCUUCAGAAUUUUUGCAUCUUUUCAGAAAAUGACAAAUUACUAUUUUUCUGUUGCACUCAGCAAUUGUGACUAUACUUAACAAAAUUCUUGUAGUCUGUAGAGAUAUUAAUAAAAUUGUAUAUGUUUGUACAUAGAUGCUCUCUUAUGUCAUGAUGUCACACACACUAAGGAUUUUUUCCAAAAUUAAGCAUGGACAGAGGUGAGACCUUCAUUUGCAACACUGAACUAUGGUUUUACGAAGUGUAAUUGUUUUUAAAAGAUAGGGAGUGGGUGGGAAAGCAAUGCAUAACCUAUUCAUUUGAACUGAAAAGAAGAAAAAACUGGACACAAGUUCCCCCAAAUCACAGAUUUUGCUAGAAUGGAUUAAUCCAAAAGGCUAGACAUCUUUCAAAAUUUCCAUCGAACUGAGGAAAGGUGUAACUUUUAUAUUGGAAGACUUUCAAGACUUUUGAGGAGACUGACUAAAUUCUACCCACAGAGAAGCACAAGCAGAAAUAAAUUUGGUAAUAGUGCUGCAUAGGAAGUCAGGGUGGGAUAAGAUGAAGCUACAAAUUUCUUUGCAGUUCAGUUCAAGCAGGCAGAAAAACUGGUAUGGGCUUGUCCUACCACCUUGUGGUCGUGGUGGGCAUCUGUUAGCCAGCAUCACCACAGGCCGUGGUGUGCUCUCCUGCAGAGUUAGUCCUUUGCAGACACUUUCCUUACAUUUAUCUACACCAUGGCCUUAGUCAACUUCCAAAUCCUAAGUAUCCCAGGAAAAUUCUACCACUACUAUAUUUUACUUCCUGGUUUUGGUUUCAUUUAAACAUUUAACCAACCAACCAACCCCAUGCUAAAAAAUGUUUUUAGAUUAAAAGUACAAAUAUAAAGACAGAUUUUUAAAAAUGUAAAUGUCUAGUAUUCCCCUUCAGAAUUUUCUCGGAAGUGUUCACUUACCUCCUUACCUCAUGAAUUACAGUCACUUGGGCUUCACAUCCCUGAGUUCAAUAUUUAAAAUACUGAUCAUCACCCCUCCUUCCCUCUUAGUCUUUCUUCCUUCCCUUCUCUCCCUAACUCAUACUUCACCCUCCUCUCCCUGCUUCCCUUCUGCUUCCUUUCUUUCCUUUCAUUCACUCAGUCCAAAAGUCAGCCAAGCCUGAGCAGGUUGGUGGUGGCAGCCCCACACAAGGGGCACACAGGAGACGUGGGAGGGGCAGUGCGCAGAUGGUGGUGGGUGGUGGUGCGUGUGGUCAGUACCAGAGAAGACAGGAGGCAGCCAGUAGGGCUUGGAGGUUGACUGCCCCAGGAGGAUUGGGCAAGUGAGAAAAUACACUGAGGACAUAGGAGCCAGAUUGCUAACUGAUGGAGAAUGGGGAAGGGAGGUAUAUAAUUACCAGGGAAAACUAGAAUAUGCCCUGUGCACAGAAUUAGAAUCAGGGUUGGCAGGUGGUGUGGUGGUUAAGGUAAUGCACUCUCACAUGGCUGACUGCAGUUC